UCAAUCAUAUACAGUGCCUGGGGCUGCAGAGGGAGAGUGAGCCUCACACAAACACACACAGACACACACACACACACACACACACACACACACAAUCCCCGCAGACGGAGAACUCAAUGGCACACAGUCUGAACCAGGACCUGAGAUGUACCAUCUGCACCCAGAUGUACACCGAGCCCGUCACCCUGGACUGUGGCCACAACUUCUGCAAGGAGUGUGUCUUGGAGCAGUGGAACACAGGGGGUGCCAAGGUUUCUUGCCCCCAUUGUGGGCAGUGCUUCCCCAGGAGGGAGCUAAUGACCAACCAGCUCUUGGCAACCAUCGUGGCCAGCCUGCGGAAUCUGAACCUGGAGAAGGAGGUCGGGCUGGGUGGGCAGAGGUGCCCACUCCAUGGUCAACAGGCACGACUCUUCUGCUCCAAGGAUCUCAGGCUGGUGUGUCCAUCCUGCCCCCCGCAGGGCCACGACGGGGGUAGCUCGACUCUGAUAGCUGUGGAGGAGGCAUACGCAAUCUGUAAGCACAAGUUGGAGAAUUCCACAAGAUUCCUUGAGAGGAAGUUGGAGGAGUUUUGCGAAGCACGGGUCUCCCAGGGAAUCAAGAUCACCAAGACAAUGGAGCUGGUGAAGGGUCUUGAGGAAAACAUUGAGGCAGAAUUUAGCAAACUGCACCUGUUCCUGCAGGAACAGGAGUGCACGCUGAGAGAGGAACUGAGGAAGAAGUCAGAGGAGUUGUUGCACUCACUGGAGGGAAACCUGCAUCUCAUUUCGAAGAGGAGCAGCUCCAUCGAGAAGUUCAUCACUGAGAUAAACUGUCUGAUCCAAACAGACGAUCAGGACCGAUUAUUGAUGGAUACCAAGAGUAUUCUUCAAAGAACUGAUUUACACAACGAGCCAAUCCUGCAGCCUUCUGAUCUCAGUUUGGGGGAGUUUAAAGGGCCUUUGCAGUAUGCAGCAUGGAAGCGGAUGCUGAACGUCGUCAGUCCAGUGCCAGCUGCUCUGGCCUUCGACCCGGACACGGCGAACCCCAGCCUAGUCCUGUCCAAGGAUCACACCAUGGUGAAGCGACGCUCCAGGUUCAAGCAGCUGCCAGAGAGCGCCAAGAGGUUCACCUUCUGCGCCUCGGUGCUGGGGGAUGAGGGCUUCGCCUCGGGCCGGCACUACUGGGAGCUGGACUUGGAGAACAUGUCCGGUUGGAUCGUCGGAGCGGCCAGUGAGACGGUGAACAGGAACGACGACGUCCCGCUGACCCCCGCCAACGGCUUCUGGACCAUCCGGCUGUGGAACGGGAAAGUGCACACUGCCGCCCACGGCAGCUCCGGCUCCCUGUGCUGCUCCGAGGGCAAGCCAGACAGGGUUGGGGUCUACCUGGACUACGAUGAAGGCCAGCUGUCGUUUUACAACGGCUCCGAUAUGUCCCAUCUCUACACCUUCUCCGAUCACUUCCAGGAGAAACUCUACCCCUUGGCUCUCCUGCUGCCCAACCUGGAAACAGCCGAGGUAGAGGUCCUGAAGAUUUUCCAUUUGUAUUUGUGAGAUUUCAGAGGGAACAGGAAGGGACAGAGGGCCGAAUACCAAAGGUGGUGCUUCCCCGGUGGAGAAUGGAAUUUGGUUACAGUCCCACCUGCUCCAGCAGGUUGAUUCGAAAAUAAAAAAAAUUAUAA